CCUCACCUUAAAUAUUUAUUCGACUGUAAACAUUGCAACAAAUUAGAAAAAUAACUCAGUGUUUAUCAUAAAUUCUGACGUUAAAUUAAUAAAAUUCACCUUUUCAAAAGUUUAAUUAUUUUAAAACCAAUUCGUUUGCUGUCAUUCGAGAUAAGAAUGAAUCAAAAAUGUAUUUUAAGAAAUCUCAAAAUAGGAGAAGCAAGAAAUCUGCCGGAUAUUAUUAUUGCUGGAUCAGAGAAGAAAACUAUCGGAAGAAGCAUGGAAACGAUGAUUGAAUCAAGUUUUGUUUCUCGAGAGCACCUUGUCAUAAAACCUAAAUUUGACGACAGUAUAGUUUUAAUUCGCUUCGUUGGAAAAAGUCCUGCAACACUCAAUGGAUUUGUUAUGAAUCCUGAUGAAGCUUAUGAGGCUGUGGAGGGUGACAUGAUAAAUCUCGUGUUUAACUCCGACUUUCAAUAUGAAGUAACUUUCCCAUCCUCAACAUCAAAUGGAAGUACAAAGAGACCAAGCCAAGAGGAAUUACUCAAAUCAAACAACAAACAAGUUAAGUCAGAAAAAGAUUCGUGGGAUUCGAUUGAGAAUGGAAAAUGCAUAAUUUUCACUUCCAAACUUGCUGAUGGAAGAUCUAAAAUAGCAGCUUACGAUAUGGAUAACACAAUAAUCAAAACAAUUAGUGGAAAUGUAUUUCCCAAAAACAUUGAUGACUGGCAGCUGAAUUACAACAAUAUUACAAAGAAGCUCAAGUCACUUCAUGAUAAUGGCUUUAAGAUUGUUAUUUUUACAAAUCAACGUGGCAUUGAGACAGGACAAACAACUGUAGAUGACAUGAAAAGAAAGCUUGCUUUGAUUCAACAGCGAUUAGAAGUUCCAUGUCAGUUCUUCAUGGCUACAGGUUCGACGAUAUUUCGUAAGCCUCGAAUCGGAAUGUGGGAAGCGUUAGAAACAUCUUUUAAUGAUGGAAUAAAGAUUGAUAGAAGUCAAUCUUUUUAUGUUGGUGAUGCUGCCGGAAGACCAGAAGUGAAAAUAACAAAAAGAAAAAAAGACCAUUCAUGUGCUGAUCGACUUUUCGCUAUUAAUAUCGGACUUUCUUUUUACACACCUGAAGAACAUUUUUUGAAUGCAAAAGAUACGCCAAAGCAUUGGAAUCGUCCACAGUUUAAUCCAACAUUAGUGACGAAUGAAAAUGGAAAUUUGAUCGAACCGGCUAAUACAAAACAUACCUCAGAUGAACUUGAAAUUAUUCUGUUGGUAGGCUUUCCAGGCAGUGGUAAAAGUUUCUUCUGUCGGGAAUAUUUAAAAAAAGCCGGUUAUGAGAUCAUCAACCGUGACACGUUGAAUACUGCUCAGAAAUGUAUUGCUGCAAUUGAAAGUUCUAUCAAAUUGAAAAAGAGUUGCGUUAUUGAUAACACAAAUCCUGAUCCCAUAAGUCGCAAACGAUUCAUUGACGAAGCUAGAAAACAUGGAAUUCCUAUUCGCUGCUUCAUUCUCAACGUCACUUACGAUCAAGCUAAGCACAACAAUAUCUUUAGAGCACUUACUGGUUCUGAUCAUCAGAAAAUUAACGAAAUGGUUUUCAACAUCUACAAGAAAAAAUACGUUGAACCAAACAUUAAAGAAGGAUUUGCGGAUAUUUUAAAAGUCAAUUUCAUUCCAAAGUUCAAAGAUAUCGAGCAGGAGAAGUUGUACAAAAUGUAUUUGGUUGAAAAAUAAAUAUGUUGUUUACUUUAAAAA